AUGGACUUGUCCCAAAAGCUUCCGCAAUACCUCCUUCCCUUUUUUUCAUUGUCCUCUCCGACAGACACUCCAGCAAAUCCCGACUCUUUUCCAAACUCACAGCAUUACAGGACGGACCCGAAAGAUUUGUGGCUCGUCAUAACCAUCAUUGCUGUAUAUGCUAUCCUUCGGGAUGCUCUUCGUCUCGGAGUUUUCGAGCCGUUCGCGAGAUGGAAGCUAUCCAGAGAUAUCCAGUUGCAGCGCAAACAUACUGGCAAACCAAAUGGCAAUACCAGCGUGUCCACAAACGGGAACGGUUAUUCCAACUCAAAGCUCAUCCCCACAAAGGCUGAACGCCGUAAAUUACACCGCAGUGUGCUUAGGUUCGCAGAGCAGGGUUGGUCCGUGGUGUACUAUACCCUGCAAUGGGGAUUCGGACUGUAUGUUUAUAGGAAUCUCCCCACCAGAGUGCUCGACCCUGUUGACGCCUGGAUUGGCUACCCUCAUGUUGCUCUCGCCGCUCCUGUCAAAAUAUACUACCUCACUCAACUUGCUUUCUACUUACACCAAAUGUUAAUUCUCAAUGCCGAGGCUCGACGAAAAGAUCAUGUCCAGAUGAUGACCCAUCAUAUUAUCACCGUUUUCCUCAUGUGGGCAAGCUAUUACUACAACCUCACCCGUAUUGGGUGCCUCAUUAUGCUCCUCAUGGAUCUGUGCGAUAUAUUCUUACCACUGGCCAAAAUGCUGCGGUAUCUGAACUUACCUCAAAUUUAUCCUGACUUGACUUUUGGCACGUUCAUGCUUACAUGGUUCGUUACACGACACGUAUUAUUCCCUAUCGCCAUCAAGUCCACCAUCUUCGAUAUGCGGCGUCUAAUCCCUUUCGACUGGGACCCAGAACGCGGUUAUUAUCAUACAUUGGGUUCUCAUACCAUGUUUUACCUUUGUUUGCUUGUAUUAGAGUUUAUACAAAUGAUCUGGUUCACAAUGAUAGUCCGCGUUGCUUGGAAAGUUGUAACUGGCGAAGGCGCAACUGAUGUUCGGAGUGACGAAGAAGGGGAAGAUGAAGACGAUUCAGGCGACAUCAAAAAUAAGGAAGAGUAG